UCGCGCCGCGGAGCAAGCCGCUGUGGAGCUGCAGCCCUUCUCUGAGAGAGACACCAGGUGAUGGCAGCCAUGCUCCUGACAGCCUGGCCCCAGGGCCUGAGCCAUGGAAUUGGCCCUAGGGCAGCAGGAACCUGUUGUUUCAGAAGUCGGUGACCUUUGAGGAUGUGGCUGUGUACUUCACCCAGACGGAAUGGGAUGGCCUGUCUCCUGCACAGAGGGCCCUGUACAGGGAUGUGAUGCUGGAGAAUUAUGGGAAUGUGGCCUCCCUGGGGUUUCCGCUUCUCAAACCUGCUAUGAUCUCUCGAUUGGAAGGAGGAGUAGAUCUUGAUAUCCAGACCGGCAGUAACUUGUCUGAAGAAAUGUGUGAAGAAAACGUUAGUACAUUAUUUGAACUUCAGAAGAACUUUUCCCAGGAAACAGGUUUUUCAGAAGCCUUUAUGCUUGAGCAACAACAGAAAGUCCACUCAGUAGGAAGUAUGAAAGAGGAAAACAGCAGUGUCACUGAUGGAACAGUGGAAAAUGAGACAGGUCCUAUGGAGGAGUGUCUCUAUAGUCAGAGUGCAGACUUGUUUCAAUAUCACACCAUCUCCACUGGAGAGCAACACCCUUGUUCUACAGGACAAGAGAAAGUCUUCAGUUUUGACACAAAACUUGUUAAGCAUGAAAUAAUUAAUCCUCGAGAAAGACCUUUAAAAUGUGAAGAAUUAGUGGAAACUUAUAAGUGUGAUUCUCAACUUAAUCAACAACUGGAAAGCUAUACUAGGGAGAAGCCUUAUCAGUGUACAGAUUGUGGCAAAGCCUUCAGUGUUAAUGCAAAAUUAAUUUGGCAUCAAAGACUUCAUAGUGGGGACAAACCCUUCAAAUGUGUUAAGUGUGGGAAAUGCUUCAGCUACAGUUCACAUUAUAUCACACACCAAACGAUCCACAGUGGAGAGAAACCCUAUCAAUGCAAGGUGUGCGGGAAAGCCUUCAGUGUUAAUGGGAGUCUAAGUAGGCACCAGAGGAUCCAUUCAGGAGAGAAGCCCUAUCAGUGCCAGGAGUGUGGAAAUGGCUUCAGCUGUAGUUCUGCAUAUAUCACACAUCAGAGAGUCCACACUGGGGAGAAACCUUAUCAGUGUAGUGACUGUGGAAAGGCUUUCAAUGUUAAUGCAAAAUUAAUUCAACAUCAGAGAAUUCACACUGGAGAGAAACCUUAUGAAUGUGGUGAGUGUGGGAAAAGCUUCAGAUGCAGCUCUCAGCUUAGGCAGCAUCACAGUGUCCAUACUGGAGAGAAGCCCUUUCAGUGUAAAGAGUGUGGGAAAGCCUUCAAUAAUAAUGCAAAACUCAUUCAGCAUCAAAGAAUACACACGGGUGAGAAGCCCUAUGAGUGCAAUGAAUGUGGAAAAGCCUUUAGUGUCAAAGGGAAGUUAAUCCAGCACCAGAGAAUCCACACUGGUGAGAAGCCCUAUGAAUGUAAUGAAUGUGGGAAAGCCUUCAGGUGUAACUCCCAACUUCGGCAGCAUCUGAGAAUCCACACUGGGGAGAAACCUUAUGAGUGUAAUGAGUGUGGAAAGGCCUUCAAUGUCAAUGCAAAACUUGUGCAGCAUCAGAGAAUUCACACUGGGGAGAAACCCUUUGAAUGUAAUGAAUGUGGGAAAUGCUUUUCCUCUAAAAGAAACCUACUUGAUCAUCAUCGAAUCCAUACUGGAGAAAAGCCCUAUCAAUGUAAGGAGUGUGGAAAAGCCUUCAGCAUCAAUGCCAAGUUAACUAGGCAUCGGCGAAUACAUACUGGGGAGAAACCUUUUAAAUGUAUGGAAUGUGAGAAAGCAUUCAGCUGUAGUUCUGACUAUAUUGUCCACCAGAGAAUCCACACUGGAGAGAAACCCUUUCAGUGCAAGGAAUGUGGAAAAGCCUUUCAUGUUAAUGCCCAUCUAAUUCGGCAUCAGAGAAGCCACACUGGGGAGAAACCUUUCCGAUGUGUGGAGUGUGGCAAAGGCUUCAGCUUUAGUUCUGACUGUAUUAUACACCAGACAGUUCACACUUGGAAGAAACCUUAUGUGUGUAAUGUGUGCGGGAAAGCCUUCAGAUUUAGCUUCCAACUUAGUCAGCAUCAGAGUGUCCAUAGUGAAACAAAUUCCUAAUAGAAUGAUGUAAAAAACUGAAGACUGAUGUUGAAAUGGAUUAUGUGUCAUUGGAUUCAACCUCAGGAAAGACCCUAAAAAAGAAAUGAAUAUAGCACACUUCUCAUGGAAACAUCUCGUGUUUUAUUCAGUUUUUAAUCAUGAAUUGAUAGUUAAAAAGUAAUAUCUAAAAAAUGUAUAACAUUGUUUUAAACUGACGAGUCAGAAAAUACAAUGAAAGGAAAUAGCUCACUCCUAGCAGCAUCAAGAAAAGUGAUUUUCUAGGUAUAAAUAAUUAUUCCCCUGGACCUGUAUAAAGAAAACUGUAAUUAUCCACUGAGGGCCACCAAAGGCCCUAAAGUAAGUGAAGAGAAACAUUAUUCUUGCAUAGGAAAACCCACAUUAUAGAGAUGUUCACUGUACCUAAAUUAAUUUAUUUCUGUUUAAUUAUUGGCAACAAGCAUGCAUUACUUUGGUAAAGAGGAAAAACAAUAAAGAUUACUUUUAGAAAGGAAAAACGGGUAAAUAUUUUUAUGAAAUUAGAGACAGUCUUUCAAAGCUUCAAAUGAAAACUAGAAGCCAGCAAUAAAGAAAUACUGAUACACUGAUCAUUCAAAAUUUAAAAUUUCUGUAAUUGUUUUAAAUAAUCCCAAAUAAGGUUAAAAGGUAAAACAAAGUGGAAAUAUAUUUGUAAAAUUUGUGAUAUGAAAGUGUAAUAUCUAAUAUGUAGGGAAGUUUUUACAAUAA